AUGGAUAUUGAAUCCUUAAAUAUAAAUACUAGUUAAAAGAUACAAGACAUAUAAAAAAAUUAAAUCAAAAUUCGCUAAUUCUUAUGGUAGCAAAAAAAUAAUUCUCGAGCAGAUAAUAUUGUGGCUUAUAAGAAGUAUUUGUUUGUCUUAACCAAGUUUUAUGAAGGAGACAGGGUAGAGUUAUUAUAAAAUGAAUUUAAAAGGAAAGACAGCGGGUUAUUUAAUUUACAAUCCUUUUUAAAAUGCGAAAAUUUUGAAUUCACAUAUUUCAAAGAGUCAUUUAAUCUAGUUUAGCUUAUUUUUUUAGAGUUAAUAAAUGACUGUAUCUUAAAAAAAGAGCAAAACUUUAUCUAUUAAGACAGGAUUGAUUGCAGUGUUCUUAUAAUGAGUUUUAUUCUACUCAAUUAAUCAUCUUCGCUUACAUAUAAUGAUUUAAUUUAGCUAAAAAAUAUAAAAUCACCUUACUCAUUUUUUAUGGGAGUCAUAUGUUCUAAUUUAGAGAAGUUCAAGAAUGAAUAUGUCCCGAUUUUUGACGAAGGCUCUAUGAGUGUUUUAUAUAACUUGGUUAUUGAUAAUAUCGAGACUCUUCUAUUAAUAAAUGCAAUAGCUUAGAAGAAGAUUGAAAUGUUAGAAGGACAUUUAGAUAGCUUAAAGAUUUAAUUGGUAAAGACAAUAUAACAAAAAAUUGGUGAGGAAUUCUUAUAACAAUAUGUCUCAGAUAAUCAGCUAAUUUAAAAAAAUAAAGAUAUGAUUGCAAAGAUUGAAUAAAGGUAAGACUAGUUUUAUGCUCUUUUACUAGCUUAAAGUGAUGAAUUAGAUAUUAAAUCAAUUAGAGUAUGUGCCAGAUAUAAUAUUUAAGAUAUUGAUAUAUGCAUAAACAAGUUUUUGAAAAACAAUUUAAAUAAAAUUAGCUAAAAUUAAAUUCAACAAAUUGUUUUAGAUGAUAUGAAAUAAAACAAUUUCUAAGAGGGUGUAUAUAUGAUUUAUUUAUCUUUGAAAAUGUAAGAAGUAAAACAAGACAUUAUAUUCCUUUACCAACUACCUCUUUCCUAUUACUUUGACUAUCUCCUUAAUCAUCCGCACUAAUUUAAAUUCAUACACAAAGAAUUUAUAGUUUUAGUGACACAAUUCGCUCCUAUUUUAUGCUAAACUCAUCUUACUUUCAAAAAAAAUUCUAUUCUUAAAGGAUUACAGAUAGAUGAAUAAAUUCUUAAUAUGUAUAAUGAAAUGAUGAAUUUUUCACACUGUGAGUUUAAAAAGAUAAUAGAGAAUAAAAAACUAUGGUUUUAGCUUUUUGGAAUCAGCAUGGCUUAGGUUUCUGGUAUGACUCUAAAAUGGUUCGUAAAUGAAAGCAUUGGAUAGAGAAACAUUAAGCUAAGCGGCUGUAGCGAUCCAAUGCAUUUCUUACUGAUCAAAAAGAAAUAUUUUUAAAAUCAAGAUCAUCUAGAGUAGCUAUUGUGUUGCAUCGAAGUGAUGAUAAAAAGCUGGGAAAUAUACACAGAUGCGUACAGAAUAUCUAAUAAAGAAAAAUAAAUAAACUAUUCGUUUUAACUUAAUAUUUAAAUAACUUAAUUUUUAAUUGAGUGUCUAAGUAGAGAAAGUGAACAACCAACUAAAUGUGAUCUUUUAAUUUGUGAUUUUGUAAAUUAGUACGGGCUUUCAAAUGGAUCGAUUAUUGAUUAUAUUAUUUAAAAUGGUUUUUGUGAAGAAAAUAUAUGGAAAACAGUUUAAAAUAUCUAAUGGCUAUAAAUAGGCUUAGGGAGAUUUUAAAAAUUACUAGAAGAAUCGCCCAACCAAACCUUUAAUCUCAAAUUCUUAACGUGCUUGGUUUGCAAAUACAAAUCACUUUAAUCAUGCAAAAUAGCAGAAAGUAUAUUAGACUUAUUAUCUAAUAAGGUGAGUAUUGAAAUAGAUGGUAAAUGCGUAUUAGCAUAUAUUGAAUGUUUGAACUCUUUAAAGAAAAGUUACCCAGAACUUCGUAAUAAAACAGACCAAUGCCAAAUUUAGCUAAAAAAUAAAUAUUAGUCACCUGCGCUAAGCUAAUUCGCUCUUAGGCCUUAUUAAUAUGUCAUUUGA